UCUCAUAGCUUCUCAUGCAGCAACGGACAUUCACACACUGCCUUGCAAGUGUGCAGAUCCGUCUCCAGGCGACUGAAGGGCGUACAUACGACUAGUGGACGACGCCCGCGACGGGCAAGCAAGGUCGCAAGUUAUUCACCAACUCAAACACAAUGUCUGACUUCCCUGCCUUGCCGGGCUUCUACAAGCUCAUGUACUUGUAUAUCGAGCCAACCUCGACAAUCCUGCCGUCUGUGCUUGCCUGGUUCUUCCCGGGAGCGGAGUGGUUCCACCACGGGCUCAUACCCUCAGCGGAUCCUCCGCCUCCUACUGGGUUUCUGGACGCCCGGACAAGGAUGGCGAUCUGGCAACUCGGAAACUGCUACCUCUUGCUCGGCCUAAUCUCUAGCUUCGUGUUCCGAGCCGUCAGAGACGCUUUGCCUAACAACGCGAUUGCCCAGGAGCGCAUUCUUGGCGCAAGUUUCACUGCAUUGGCUCUUGCAGAUGUCACCCAUAUGAUCUGGUCUUGGAUUGGGCUUCCCGAUGAUCUGAAGUACAACCCGUUGGCUUGGAACGCGACGACGCACGGGAACAUCUCGUUCGUGAUUGUACUCCUUAGUGGGCGACUCGCCUGGUUCAUGGGUAUCGGGAGGACCAGAUAUUACUACGGUCAGAAACCGAAGGGCAAGGCUGCAUGAAUGUCUGAGGAGAUUGACUCCCGGAUAACUGCGUCGAGACAAUGUAGUUCGUCGUCAUGUUCUUCCCCCUGCAUGUCAUGUAUACGCUGUGGCCCAUGUAUGUUCCUGUGAGCACAGGAUGUCUCAAACGUAUGCUGUGAUUGAAGACGCCAAUUCCCCGAGAUCGUCGACGUAGACUCAGUCCAACGUUGAAAGAGCCCGAUAAGUUUCCGGCAAGGCCACUCUAAAUGCAUCGACGCCUGCGUUCGGCAGCUGCGGUGAGGCUGUGGCGUUGAAC